CCCACAUCAUAAGAAGGAGAGUUUCGUGGGUUUUGUCUAUAUACCUUCACUUCCUCAAAUCCCACCUUCUUUCUUUCAUUUUCCUCUCAUUUUCCCUUUGCAAGAACAACACUGAAAACAAACACUACUUUGGGAACAAAGAGAAGAGAAUCAAUGUCAAACUCAAACAUCACAAGCUGUGAUAGUUGGAGCUUCUCCACAGAGAACACUGCAGAAGAUGCAGCACCACUUAAACAGCAGCAACUGGAGAUGCUUCCCCAAAACCAUAGUCCAAAUUCAAACACUUCAACCACAACAAAUAACAGCAAUGACUCAAACACAAUUUCACAACCACCUCUCAAGAAGAAAAGAAACCUACCAGGAAAUCCAGACCCAAGUGCCGAAGUGGUAGCUCUGUCGCCAAACACCCUGGUGGCCACAAACAGGUUCGUGUGCGAAAUAUGCAACAAAGGGUUUCAGAGGGAUCAGAACCUUCAAUUGCACCGUCGAGGGCACAAUCUACCGUGGAAGCUGAAACUCAGAACCACCACGGAAGUGAAAAAGCGCGUUUACGUUUGCCCCGAACCCUCCUGUGUCCACCACAACCCAGCUCGAGCGCUGGGCGAUCUCACCGGCAUUAAAAAGCACUUUAGCAGAAAGCACGGCGAGAAGAAGUGGAAAUGUGAAAAAUGCUCAAAGAAAUACGCUGUUCAUUCUGACUGGAAAGCGCAUUCCAAAAUUUGUGGAACCAAGGAAUACAAAUGUGACUGUGGCACCAUUUUUUCCAGAAGAGACAGUUUCAUCACACACAGAGCUUUCUGCGAUGCACUCAGUGAUGAGAACAGCAAAUUCAACGAAGCAGGACAAUUGCAAAGUAUGUUGCAUGGUUCAAACCUGCAACCACCGAUGAUCCCAAACCUAGCAGCAUCACUACCAAUGAAGCAACCAUUACCACUUCCUCACGAACUCAUUGCAGCAAUUCCAGCAAAACCCUUCAACAACAACAUGGCAGCAUUGCCGAGAAGCUUUUCAUCCACCUCUUCUCCCUCUCAACUGUGCUCAAACUCACCAAACAUCAACAUGUUUGAGGAAAAUGCUCAGACAAACAUGUCUGCCACAGCACUGCUUCAAAAAGCUGCACAAAUGGGCGCAACAGUGAAUGGUAACAGCAACAGCAUGAUGACUGAAACGGGCUUUUCUACUAGCAUGCCACCACCAUCGUAUGGGGUCAUGAACCAGCACAUUCACAGCGCUCAACAAGACCUGUCUCAGUAUAACUUCCAUGCAAAUGGGACGGUGAUGGACGGUGGUGGCAAUGGCAUGGGAGGAAUUAUGAGUGGUUUGGAUAUGUUUAAUGCUAUUUUGGAUCAAAGUAAGGCCUUGUCGAAGAUCAUAGAGCAGAACAACAAAAACAGCUAUGGUGGUGUUUUGCAUGCAAUGAGUAAUGGUAGGUCAAGUUCCAUUGAUGUUGGUGGAACUAAAGGGAGUGAGGAUGUGAUGACUUUGGACUUGUUGGGGAUAGGAGGAGGAGGAGUUGGUGGUGUUGGUGGUGGUGGUGGUGAUGGAAGUUUCUUUGGUGGUGAACAAUCUGAACUAAAGAUUGAAUAUGGAGAAAUGAGUCAAAUCAGAAUCCAGGGUUUGAACCAUUUUCAGCAACAAACAGCGGCAUAUGAAAAUUGAGACCUUACUGGGGAGGGAAAAAUAAAAUAAUUUGCAUGUUUCUGAUUUAGGUGGAAUUUUUCAGCUUUGUUCAUUCCUAUUGUGUACACAUUAUGAUAGGUUUUCGUAGUGUGUGGACCCUUUUGGUCCCUUAAAUCAGUGUUCAAUGUUCAGUGUCUUGAAAUGGAAUAAUGGUCCAAAAAAAGUUACAGUUCGAUGUGUAGACUGAGACUUUCAAUUUCACUCACAUUCUGUAUCUUUUACCAAUAAGAAUAUAUGCUGGAAAUUUGCGGGGACA